AUGACUGUGUCGGAUCCCCCUAUCCCUUCAAAUUGGGAUUUCACUCCAGUGCUCGGCCUACUGCGGUCGCCUAUCGAGGGCUGCACUGCGAGACCUAGUCGCCACAAUGAAUCUGCAAUCCCCUCGCUUGGUGAACAAGCCAAGGAUAAUCCCCGUUACACCACUAAUGACAGGCGCCUUAUCUCUCAGCGGAGUAACCCGAAGCUUGGUGACUUUGGUUCUCUAUGGGAGCUUUUCAAUGGGUCCCCUGCUCCUGCAAGCGUCACGCCAACUUUAGGGACCACAAGGACCACCAAGUCUGAGCUGGAGAAGCUUCAGCCAUCACUUCAAGAACUGCUUUCUAGCUCAGAGGAAAGACCUGCCAAAAUUGUCUCAUUCUCUGGCCUCUCUGGCAUCGAAACGUCCGUCACCGUUACAUCUAACACCUCUUGCAUCACCAAUGAGCCAAAUUCUCGGGUCCUCAAGGACGAAGGAAUAGCCACUGGCUAUACCUCCCAUUAUUCUUCUCACCCGAAAGCAGAUACGACAGGUAUUCCUAUCGAUUUCGAGGGUCGAUCAUUCACUAUCUUGAGGCGGACCUCUGUUCAUGAGCCUUCUGGAGCGAAUUCCCAUGUGAGAUUUGGCAUUCCACCCACUCCCCCGGAGACUAUUGCUAGAGCUAGAGUUGGUGAUCCAAGUGAUACUCCCACGGCGAAACCCAACUCUCGGUCUCGUGGAAAAGAUUUCCAGGAGAACACGCGCAAUAACCCAGUCACUUCCGAAGAAAGUGCUGGGCUAGACUCGGACACAAGCAUUGUGUUCGAUCAUCCCGUUUCUGAGAAAACCGUGGCCAUUCCAUUUGUCCCACCUCAAGUCGGCGCACCUGAAGCGAAGACUCACCAUUAUGAUACCCCGCCGUCUUCAUUUGAUGAUAAUGACUGGAUACUGACUGCCGAUACCAUCCGAGGACUUGCUUCUGGAGGUACUCGUGUGCGGUCUACCCUGCACCAAUCGGCCACGGAACGAAGAGUUACCUUGAUGAGCAGACUCCUCGGUCAUUUUCCUGAUUACGCCAAAGUCGUGUAUCAAGUGGGACUGACUUUAGACCGUCGUCCUAAUGAGGGUAUUAGCUCACGUCCUAUUCAUGUAUUUGUUGAUGUGUCAAAUAUUAUGGUCGGAUUUCACGAUUCGGUGAAAGCCUCGCGAAAUAUCCCUCUCUCGGCCCGAAUUCGUCGUGUCCAUAUGUCCUUCGCCAACCUCGCAUUGAUCAUGGAACGUGGCCGCCAGACCGCCAAGAGAGUCUUGGUCGGCUCAGAUCGUCUUCCCUCCGUCGAUGAAGCCGAGAGACUCGGCUACGAAACGAGUAUCCUCGAACGUGUGCAGAAGGUGAAGGCGAUCACGCCCCGUCGCAACAGCAAGUCGCGGAAGAAUAUUGUCUCCAGUUCCCAGGGUGGAUCUAGCGGUCCUGAAACGGUCGCCGCCUCUGGAGAGCGAUGGGUUGAGCAAGGUGUGGACGAAAUUCUACACCUGAAGAUCCUGGAAAGCCUUUUGGAUACGGAAGACCCGGCGACGAUUGUUUUGGCGACGGGGGAUGCGGCAGUAGCCGAGUUCUCCGGCGGUUUCAUGAAGAUGGUCGAGCGGGGGCUACAGCGCGGUUGGAAUGUCGAGCUUGUCAGCUUUUCUCAGGGCACUAGCUACGCAUACCGGAAGAAGGAGUUCCGGAUUCGGUGGGGAGACCAAUUCAAGCUGGUUGAGCUGGACCGGUACCUGGAGGAACUGUUUGAGUGA